AGGAGGGGGCCGCGGGGCCGGGGCUGAGACUGUGGGUGCCGCAGGCGGACAGGCGGCCACAGCUGGGACAGCUGCGGGCGGAGCGCAGGCUAGCGGAGUGGAGCAGGCUGCUGGGACCAGACUAGGACCAGUCAUCGCCGGCCGGAGCCUGAGCCGCUGCUUCUCUACUGGCUAGGGACGCCCCAAGUGGGAGCCGCAGCUGGAGGAGGCGGGAGGAGCCCGGCCCGGGAACCGGCGACGCGAGAGCGGGACCCCGCGGUGCGGGGCGCUGUGGGGCGCAGCGGCGGCCGCAGAGCGAGUGAGAGGCGGCGGCACCAUGCGGCGAGACGGGCUGCUGGAGGUCGCGCUGGGGUUCAGCAUGCUCCUAGCAUCCUACACGAGCCACGGGGCGGAUGCCAAUCUGGAGGCUGGGAAUGUGAAGGAAACCAGAGCCAACCGGGCCAAGAGAAGAGGCGGCGGAGGACACGAUGCGCUUAAAGGACCCAAUGUCUGUGGAUCACGUUAUAAUGCUUACUGUUGUCCUGGAUGGAAAACUCUGCCUGGUGGAAAUCAGUGUAUUGUUCCCAUUUGCCGACAUUCCUGCGGAGAUGGAUUUUGUUCGAGGCCAAAUAUGUGCACUUGCCCGUCUGGCCAGAUAGCUCCUUCCUGUGGCUCCAGAUCCAUACAACACUGUAAUAUUCGCUGCAUGAAUGGAGGCAGCUGCAGUGACGACCACUGUUUGUGCCAGAAAGGGUACAUAGGAACUCACUGUGGACAACCUGUCUGUGAAAGUGGCUGUCUCAAUGGAGGGAGGUGUGUGGCCCCAAAUCGGUGUGCUUGCACAUACGGCUUUACUGGACCCCAGUGUGAAAGAGAUUACAGAACAGGCCCGUGUUUUACUGUGGUCAGCAACCAGAUGUGCCAGGGACAGCUCAGUGGGAUUGUCUGCACCAAAACGCUCUGCUGUGCCACAGUGGGCCGAGCCUGGGGCCACCCCUGUGAGAUGUGUCCUGCCCAGCCUCACCCCUGCCGCCGUGGCUUCAUUCCCAACAUCCGCACCGGAGCGUGUCAAGAUGUGGAUGAAUGCCAGGCUAUCCCUGGGCUCUGUCAAGGAGGGAAUUGCAUUAAUACUGUUGGAUCUUUUGAGUGCAAAUGCCCCGCUGGACACAAAUUUAAUGAAGUGUCACAAAAAUGUGAAGAUAUUGAUGAAUGCAGCACCAUUCCAGGAAUCUGCGAUGGGGGCGAAUGUACAAACACGGUCAGCAGUUAUUUCUGCAAAUGUCCUCCUGGGUUUUACACAUCUCCUGAUGGCACCAGAUGUGUUGAUGUCCGCCCUGGAUACUGCUACACGGCUCUGACAAACGGGCACUGCUCUAACCAGCUGCCACAAUCCAUAACCAAAAUGCAGUGCUGCUGUGAUGUCGGCCGGUGCUGGUCUCCAGGAGUCGCUGUCGCUCCUGAGAUGUGUCCCAUCAGAGCAACGGAGGAUUUCAACAAGCUGUGCUCUGUCCCUAUGGUAAUUCCUGGGAGGCCAGAAUAUCCUCCUCCACCCGUUGGCCCCAUUCCUCCAGUUCAAUCUGUGCUUCCUGGCUUUCCUCCUGGCCCUGCAGUUCCACUCCCUCGGCCACCCCCAGAAUAUCCGUAUCCAUCUCCAUCGCGGGAGCCACCACGGGUGCUACCUUUCAAUGUCACUGACUACUGUCAGUUGGUUCGCUAUCUCUGUCAAAAUGGGCGCUGCAUUCCGACUCCUGGCAGCUACCGGUGUGAGUGCAACAAGGGAUUCCAGCUGGAUCUCCGUGGGGAGUGCAUUGAUGUUGAUGAAUGUGAGAAAAACCCGUGUACUGGGGGAGAAUGUAUUAAUACCCAGGGCUCAUAUACUUGCCACUGCCGAGCCGGCUACCAGAGCACACUCACCAGGACUGAGUGUCGAGACAUUGAUGAGUGUUUACAGAAUGGCCGGAUCUGCAACAACGGACGCUGCAUCAACACAGACGGCAGUUUCCACUGUGUGUGUAACGCGGGCUUUCAUGUCACACGGGAUGGAAAGAACUGUGAAGAUAUGGACGAAUGCAGCAUAAGGAACAUGUGUCUCAAUGGGAUGUGCAUCAACGAAGACGGCAGUUUUAAGUGUAUUUGCAAGCCUGGAUUCCAGUUGGCAUCAGAUGGGCGUUACUGCAAAGAUAUUAAUGAAUGUGAAACUCCCGGGAUCUGCAUGAAUGGGCGCUGUGUGAACACCGACGGCUCCUACCGAUGCGAAUGCUUCCCUGGACUGGCCGUGGGCCUGGAUGGACGUGUGUGUGUUGAUACACACAUGCGAAGCACAUGCUACGGGGGAUACAAGAGAGGCCAGUGUGUAAAACCCUUAUUCGGUGCUGUUACCAAGUCUGAAUGCUGCUGUGCUAGCACUGAGUACGCGUUUGGGGAGCCCUGCCAGCCAUGUCCUGCCCAGAACUCAGCGGAAUAUCAGGCGCUCUGUAGCAGUGGGCCAGGAAUGACGUCAGCGGGCACUGAUAUAAACGAAUGUGCAUUGGAUCCUGAUAUUUGCCCAAAUGGAAUUUGUGAAAACCUCCGUGGGACCUACAAAUGUAUAUGCAAUUCAGGGUAUGAAGUGGACAUAACUGGGAAAAACUGUGCUGAUAUUAAUGAAUGCGUGCUGAACAGUCUACUUUGUGACAACGGACAAUGUAGAAACACUCCUGGAAGUUUUGUCUGUACCUGCCCCAAGGGAUUUGUAUACAAACCAGACCUAAAAACCUGUGAAGACAUUGAUGAAUGUGAAUCAAGUCCUUGCAUUAAUGGAGUCUGCAAGAACAGCCCUGGCUCUUUCAUUUGUGAAUGUUCUCCUGAAAGUACAUUGGAUCCGACAAAAACCAUCUGCAUAGAAACCAUCAAGGGCACUUGCUGGCAGACCGUCAUCGAUGGGAGGUGUGAAAUCAACAUCAAUGGAGCCACCUUGAAGUCCCAGUGCUGCUCAUCCCUGGGUGCUGCUUGGGGGAGCCCGUGUACCAUAUGUCAAGUUGAUCCCAUAUGUGGUAAAGGGUAUUCAAGAAUUAAAGGAACACAGUGUGAAGAUAUAAAUGAAUGUGAAGUGUUCCCCGGAGUGUGCAGAAACGGCCUGUGUGUCAACUCCAGGGGCUCAUUCAAGUGCGAGUGUCCCAGUGGAAUGACUUUGGAUGUCACAGGAAGAAUCUGCCUUGACAUCCGUCUGGAAACCUGCUUCCUGAGGUACGAUGAUGAGGAGUGCACCCUGCCCAUCGCCGGCCGACACCGUAUGGAUGCCUGCUGCUGCUCUGUCGGGGCAGCCUGGGGAACAGAGGAGUGCGAGGAGUGCCCAGUGAGAAACACCCCAGAGUAUGAGGAGCUCUGUCCCCGAGGACCUGGGUUUGCCACAAAAGAUAUUACAAAUGGAAAGCCUUUCUUCAAAGAUAUCAACGAGUGCAAGAUGAUACCCAGUCUCUGCACCCAUGGCAAGUGUAGAAACACCAUCGGCAGCUUUAAGUGCAGGUGUGACAGUGGCUUUGCUCUUGAUUCUGAAGAGAGGAACUGCACAGACAUAGACGAGUGCCGCAUAUCUCCUGACCUCUGUGGCCGAGGCCAGUGUGUGAACACCCCAGGGGACUUUGAAUGCAAGUGUGACGAAGGCUAUGAAAGUGGAUUCAUGAUGAUGAAGAACUGCAUGGAUAUUGAUGAAUGUCAGAGAGAUCCUCUCCUGUGCCGAGGAGGCAUCUGCCACAACACAGAGGGAAGUUACCGCUGUGAAUGCCCACCUGGUCACCAACUGUCCCCAAACAUCUCCGCAUGCAUUGACAUCAAUGAGUGUGAACUGAGCGCGAACCUCUGCCCCAAUGGCCGUUGUGUGAACCUCAUAGGGAAGUAUCAGUGUGCCUGCAACCCUGGCUAUCACUCAACUCCUGAUAGGCUCUUCUGUGUGGACAUUGAUGAAUGCAGCAUAAUGAACGGUGGUUGUGAAACCUUCUGCACAAACUCUGAAGGCAGCUACGAGUGCAGCUGUCAACCAGGAUUCGCACUAAUGCCAGACCAGAGAUCAUGCACAGACAUCGAUGAGUGUGAAGAUAACCCCAAUAUCUGUGAUGGCGGUCAGUGCACAAACAUACCCGGAGAGUACCGCUGCUUAUGUUAUGAUGGGUUCAUGGCCUCUGAAGACAUGAAGACUUGUGUCGAUGUCAAUGAGUGUGACCUAAAUCCCAAUAUCUGCCUCAGCGGGACCUGUGAGAACACUAAAGGUUCAUUUAUCUGCCACUGUGACAUGGGCUAUUCAGGCAAAAAAGGAAAAACUGGCUGUACAGAUAUCAAUGAAUGUGAAAUCGGAGCACACAACUGUGGCAGGCAUGCUGUCUGUACCAACACAGCAGGAAGCUUCAAAUGUAGCUGUAGUCCUGGGUGGAUUGGAGACGGCAUUAAGUGCACAGAUUUGGAUGAAUGCUCCAAUGGAACACACAUGUGCAGCCAACAUGCAGACUGCAAGAACACCAUGGGGUCCUACCGCUGCCUCUGUAAGGAAGGCUACACGGGAGAUGGCUUCACAUGUACAGACUUGGAUGAGUGCUCUGAGAACCUGAACCUCUGUGGCAAUGGCCAGUGCCUCAACGCCCCCGGAGGGUACCGCUGUGAAUGCGACAUGGGCUUUGUGCCCAGUGCUGAUGGGAAGGCCUGUGAAGAUAUCGAUGAAUGCUCCCUUCCAAACAUCUGUGUCUUUGGAACUUGCCAUAAUCUCCCCGGCCUCUUCCGUUGUGAGUGUGAGAUCGGCUAUGAACUGGACCGAAGCGGUGGGAACUGCACAGAUGUUAAUGAGUGUCUGGAUCCAACCACAUGUAUCAGUGGGAACUGUGUCAACACUCCAGGCAGCUACACCUGUGACUGUCCACCCGAUUUUGAGCUGAAUCCAACUCGAGUUGGCUGUGUUGAUACCCGCUCUGGAAACUGCUAUCUGGAUGUCCGACCCCGAGGAGACAAUGGAGACACAGCCUGUAGCAACGAAAUUGGAGUUGGUGUUUCAAAGGCUUCCUGCUGUUGUUCUCUGGGUAAAGCCUGGGGAACCCCAUGUGAGCUGUGCCCUGCUGUGAACACGUCUGAGUAUAAAAUUCUUUGCCCUGGAGGAGAAGGCUUUCGUCCAAAUCCCAUCACUGUUAUAUUGGAAGAUAUCGAUGAGUGCCAGGAGCUGCCAGGGCUGUGCCAAGGAGGGAGAUGUAUCAACACCUUCGGCAGCUUCCAGUGCCGCUGUCCAACUGGUUACUACCUGAACGAGGACACCCGAGUGUGUGAUGAUGUGAAUGAAUGUGAGACUCCUGGAAUCUGUGGUCCAGGGACAUGUUACAACACGGUUGGCAACUAUACCUGCAUUUGUCCUCCAGACUACAUGCAGGUGAACGGGGGAAAUAAUUGCAUGGACAUGAGAAGAAGUCUCUGUUAUAGGAACUAUUAUGCUGACAACCAGACCUGUGAUGGAGAACUCUUAUUCAACAUGACCAAGAAGAUGUGCUGUUGCUCCUAUAACAUUGGCAGAGCCUGGAAUAAGCCCUGUGAACAGUGUCCUAUCCCAAGCACAGAUGAAUUUGCUACCCUCUGUGGAAGUCAAAGGCCAGGCUUUGUCAUCGACAUUUAUACUGGCUUACCUGUUGAUAUUGAUGAAUGCCGGGAGAUCCCAGGGGUCUGUGAAAAUGGAGUGUGUAUCAACAUGGUUGGCAGCUUUAGAUGUGAAUGUCCAGUGGGAUUCUUCUAUAAUGACAAGUUACUGGUUUGUGAAGAUAUUGAUGAAUGUCAGAACGGCCCCGUGUGCCAGCGCAACGCUGAAUGCAUCAACACUGCAGGCAGCUACCGCUGCGACUGCAAGCCGGGCUACCGCCUCACCUCCACCGGUCAAUGUAAUGAUCGAAACGAAUGCCAAGAGAUCCCCAAUAUAUGCAGCCACGGGCAGUGCAUCGACACGGUGGGAAGCUUCUACUGCUUGUGCCACACUGGCUUCAAGACAAACGCUGAUCAGACCAUGUGCCUGGACAUAAAUGAGUGUGAGAGAGAUGCCUGUGGGAACGGGACUUGCCGAAACACCAUUGGUUCCUUCAAUUGCCGCUGCAAUCACGGCUUCAUCCUUUCCCACAACAACGACUGCAUAGAUGUUGAUGAAUGUGCAACUGGAAACGGAAACCUUUGCAGAAAUGGCCAGUGUAUCAAUACAGUGGGCUCCUUCCGGUGCCAGUGCAAUGAGGGCUACGAGGUGGCCCCGGACGGCAGGACCUGCGUGGAUAUCAACGAAUGUCUUUUAGAACCAGGAAAGUGUGCACCUGGAACCUGUCAGAACCUGGACGGAUCCUACAGAUGCAUUUGCCCGCCUGGGUACAGUCUACAGAACAACAAGUGUGAAGAUAUUGAUGAAUGUGUUGAAGAGCCAGAAAUCUGUGCCUUGGGGACAUGCAGCAACACUGAGGGCAGCUUCAAAUGCCUGUGUCCGGAAGGGUUCUCCUUGUCCUCCACUGGAAGACGGUGCCAAGAUUUGCGAAUGAGCUACUGUUACGCCAAGUUUGAAGGAGGAAAGUGCUCAUCACCCAAAUCCAGAAACCACUCCAAGCAGGAGUGCUGCUGUGCCUUGAAGGGAGAAGGCUGGGGAGAUCCCUGUGAGCUGUGCCCCACUGAGCCAGACGAGGCUUUCCGCCAGAUCUGCCCCUAUGGAAGCGGGAUCAUCGUGGGGCCCGAUGACUCAGCCGUUGAUAUGGAUGAAUGCAAAGAACCGGAUGUUUGCAAACACGGACAGUGCAUCAACACAGAUGGCUCCUACCGCUGCGAGUGCCCCUUUGGUUACAUUCUAGAAGGGAAUGAAUGUGUGGAUACUGAUGAAUGUUCUGUGGGCAAUCCUUGUGGAAAUGGAACCUGCAAGAAUGUGAUUGGAGGUUUUGAAUGUACCUGUGAGGAGGGAUUUGAGCCUGGUCCAAUGAUGACAUGUGAAGAUAUAAAUGAAUGUGCCCAGAAUCCUCUGCUCUGUGCCUUCCGAUGUGUAAACACUUAUGGGUCCUAUGAAUGUAAAUGUCCUGCUGGAUACGUUCUUCGAGAAGACAGGAGGAUGUGCAAAGAUGAGGAUGAGUGUGAGGAGGGAAAACAUGACUGUACUGAAAAGCAAAUGGAAUGCAAGAACCUCAUCGGCACCUACAUGUGCAUCUGUGGACCUGGGUUCCAGCGCAGACCUGAUGGAGAGGGCUGUGUAGAUGAGAACGAAUGUCAGACCAAGCCUGGGAUCUGUGAGAAUGGGCGUUGCCUCAACACUCGAGGGAGCUACGCCUGCGAGUGCAACGAUGGGUUCACAGCUAGCCCCGCGCAGGACGAGUGCCUGGACAACCGGGAAGGGUACUGCUUCACAGAGGUGCUGCAAAACAUGUGUCAGAUUGGCUCGAGCAACAGGAAUCCUGUCACCAAGUCUGAGUGCUGCUGUGAUGGUGGAAGAGGCUGGGGGCCACACUGUGAGAUCUGCCCUUUCGAGGGCACUGUGGCUUACAAGAAACUCUGUCCCCAUGGCCGAGGAUUCAUGACCAACGGAGCAGAUAUCGAUGAAUGCAAGGUUAUUCACGAUGUUUGCCGAAAUGGGGAAUGCGUCAAUGACAGAGGAUCAUAUCACUGCAUUUGUAAAACUGGCUACACUCCGGACAUAACCGGAGCUGCCUGUGUAGAUCUGAAUGAGUGCAACCAGGCUCCCAAACCCUGCAACUUUAUAUGCAAAAACACGGAAGGGAGUUACCAAUGUUCCUGCCCAAAAGGCUACAUUCUGCAAGAGGAUGGGAGGAGCUGCAAAGAUCUUGAUGAGUGUGCAACUAAGCAGCAUAACUGCCAGUUCCUGUGUGUUAAUACCAUUGGUGGCUUCACAUGUAAAUGUCCUCCUGGGUUUACUCAACAUCACACUGCCUGCAUUGAUAACAAUGAAUGUACAUCUGACAUCAACCUGUGUGGGUCCAAGGGUGUUUGCCAGAACACUCCUGGAAGCUUCACCUGUGAAUGCCAGCGCGGAUUCUCACUUGAUCAGAGUGGUGCCAGCUGUGAGGAUGUGGACGAGUGUGAGGGCAACCACCGCUGCCAGCACGGCUGCCAGAACAUCAUCGGUGGCUACAGGUGCAGCUGCCCUCAGGGCUACCUCCAGCACUACCAGUGGAAUCAGUGUGUGGAUGAAAACGAAUGCCUGAGCGCUCACAUCUGUGGAGGUGCCUCCUGCCACAACACUUUGGGGAGCUACAAGUGCAUGUGUCCUGCUGGCUUCCAGUAUGAACAGUUCAGUGGAGGAUGUCAGGACAUCAACGAGUGUGGCUCUUCACAGGCCCCCUGCAGCUACGGCUGCUCCAACACUGAGGGUGGCUACCUGUGCGGCUGUCCACCCGGUUACUUCCGAAUAGGCCAAGGGCACUGUGUUUCUGGAAUGGGCAUGGGCCGAGGAGGCCCCGAGCCACCAGCUAGUGGUGAGAUGGAUGACAACUCACUGUCCCCAGAGGCUUGCUAUGAGUGUAAGAUCAAUGGCUACCCUAAACGAGGCAGGAAACGGAGAAGCACAAAUGAAACAGAUGCCUCUGACAUCCAGGGUGGGUCUGGGACAGAAGCCAACGUGAGCCUCGCAAGCUGGGAUAUUGAGAAACCAGCCACCUUCGCUUUCAAUAUUUCCCACGUCAGUAACAAGGUCCGAAUCCUAGAGCUGCUGCCAGCCCUUACGACACUGACGAAUCACAACAGAUACUUGAUUGAAUCUGGAAACGAAGAUGGCUUCUUUAAAAUCAACCAAAAAGAAGGGAUCAGCUACCUCCACUUCACGAAGAAGAAGCCAGUGGCUGGAACCUACUCAUUACAAAUCAGUAGUACUCCACUUUAUAAAGAGAAAGAGCUGAACCAGCUCGAAGACAAAUACGACAAAGACUACCUCAGUGGUGAACUGGGUGACAAUCUGAAGAUGAAAAUUCAGAUUUUGCUUCAUUAAUUCACCAUCCAGAGACCAAAUAAUUAAAAGAAAAACAACUUUAGGUAGGUAGAAUUAUAUUUUCCCCAAAUCAGAAUCUUCACUACAUAGGUACAAUCAUUCACCAGGUAAAUUUCUGUAAACAAGCACUAUUCUCGUAUGACAAAGGCAAGGUACAAUGAUUACCCUAGUUCAAACAACCCCUUUCUCAGGCUUCUCAUGAGUAGCUAAGCUACCUUGUCAUACAUGUUGAUUCUUGAAAACUGGGAUGUGUACAUCCGCUGGGGUUGGCCGUUCUUGCGACGUGCUGGCCUUCCGGAAGAUGCACAGCAACCUGCUUCCAUCUGAGGGACUGUUCUAUUUGUUUCCAAAUUUUGAAACUUUGCUUCUCCAAGUGCAGUACUAGGCUGGCCAUUUAUGAUAUCUAUUUGGUGCUAGUAAAUUUUCAAACUAGAUUUAUAAAUGCACUGUAAUAUGUACACAAUUUAGAAACCAAAUUGCAAAUACUCAGUUCAGAUACUUCAUUCCAGUCAACCCAAGUUAGUUCGGUAGUUUAUCUCAGUUAUGAGUAUAAUACAGUACAUGUAAAUUAAGUGUGUGUAUACUGUAAUCGUGCUAUUUUUAUCAUUGAAACAUUUAUCAACGAGAAUAAUAAAGCCCUUAAUGUGAGGGUUUGUAAUGGUGCUUAUUAAGACCAAAGACUUGUUAAAUGUCUACACCAAGUGCUAAUGGAAUUUCUGUGACUGGCCCAUGUGUACAUUGAGGUUGGGGAGGACCAGGAAACAGCCUCAGCCGCCAGAGGAUCACCAGUGCAUCUAGCAUCACACAGCAAGUGCAAUAUGCCAAAAUUACUCUUGGCCAUUCCUCUCAACAAGGGGUCAAUGUCAUAAUGUCACAAUAAAAUAACCCUCCCCUCCCCCCUUUUUAAAAAAGUCUACUCCUUGGCCUUGUUAUCGUGUGGAUUCAAGGCUGGAGGGGCCUUUCCGGAGGUGAAAUAAAGUCUCCUGGGUUUAAAGCGUU